UCUCUCAGUCCGUCUCUCUCUAGUUUCUCUGUGUAGAUUUAGAAAAAUGACGAGGAAUAAGAAAGUAGCAGAAUAUGAACGGAAACGACUCGAAAACAUCAAGCGCAACGAGGAACUGCUCGUUUCUCUCAACAUCAAAUCAACACUUUCCGAUCUCUCUGCCUCCGCCUUCAAGCUGCGGCAGCACAGGGCAGGGACUAAAUCAUACAAACUUAGUUCAAAGAAAAAAGUGAGAUCUGAAACUCCAAUCGUAAUUCGUAGAUCUUUAAGAGCCCAAGGAAAAGCACCUAAGAAAUUACCCAAACUAAAAUCACAGGUUAUCCCUAAUGAGCCUCCGCGAGAGUUGUUUCCGAUUAGUAUGAGAGAUGCAAUUACUAGCUCCGAAUCGGAUGAGGCACUUGUCAGUAAAAUUUUGAGUGUUUGUAAGAAGUCUGGAUUGGAAAAUGGUGAUUAUGGGAAGAAAAAGUUUAGGGUUAUGGCUUCCAUUGAUUUGGAUUCGAUGGAGUUGGUACCAGAGAACAUUGCUCGUGUUGUGCCAAAAAGGAUAGUGAGUGUUAAGUUCUUUCCGUCCGCAGAUAUGAGUAUGGUUGCCGUGGGGAAUAAUUUAGGAGAUGUAGGGUUUUGGAAUGUGGAUUCGGAAGAUAAGGAUGGUGAUGGGAUUUACAUAUAUCAUCCUCAUUCGGCACCUGUCUCAGCAAUUGUUAUUCAACCAUUUUCGUUGAACAAGAUAUUUACAUGCUGUUAUGAUGGUCAAGUUCGCUCAUUAGAUGUUCAAAAGGAGAUGUUUGACCUUGCAUAUUCCACUGAACAUGCAAUAAUAUCUAUGUCUCAACGACCUGACGAUGUUAACUCCUUGUAUAUUGGUGAGGGUCAUGGAGUAGUUCAUAGCUGGGAUGAGAGGUCCGGGAAGACGUCAUUUUCAUGGGAGCUGCAUGAGAGUAGAAUUAAUACGAUAGAUUUUAAUCCAGAAAAUCUUAAUAUGAUGGCUACAAGUUCAACAGAUAGAACUGUCUGCAUUUGGGAUUUGAGAAAACUUGGUAAGAGCAAGCCUGACUCUCUUAAGAUGAUUACUUGUGAGAGGGGUGUACAGUCUGCCUACUUCUCUCCUUCAGGAAGCCAUCUCGCUACAACAAGCGUUGAUGUCAAGAUUGGAGUGCUAAGCGGGACAAAUUAUGAUAAUGAAGUCAUGAUAUACCAUAACAAUAAGACAGGCUUGUUGAUUUCUGCAUUCAAAGGUAUAUGGGGCUGGGAUGACUCUCAUAUAUAUGUGGGAAACAUGAAAAGGGGAGUUGAUAUUAUUUCCGCAGAAAAGAGGAGAGUUGUUACUACUCUUGAUAGCUCUCACAUUACUGCAAUCGCAUGUCGUUUUGAUGCUCAUCCGUUGAAGCCUGGGAUGCUUGCAGGGGCGACAUGGGGAGGUCAGGUUUAUAUCUGGAGCACAUAACCAGUAAACCUACCUGUAAUGGCUUGUUUUCUAUAGUGACUUGAGCACCCUAUAACAGACACUCCUUUUGACUAUUUGUAACAUAUUAUGCUUGGUGAUGCUCAUACCUUGAAGACUGGAAUGCUUGAAGGCAUGACAUAUGGGCCAGGUUUAUAUCUAGAGCUCAUAGCGCUAAACUGACAUGUAAUGGCUUGUUUUCUGUAGUGACUUGAUCAACGCUAUAAUGUACAGUCCUUUUGAUC